AUGCCUCCGGUAGAGCAGGCUCCCGAAGCUCAAGCACGAGCUUUUGCGAGAAGAAAAGCGGAGGAGUUCCAGCAGUUGCCGACGAUCGGCGACUAUGUAAUGUCGCGUCGUUCCGACCCGGAACAAAUCAGGGCGCGAGAGAGGGAGGAGGAGGAUGUUCGAAAGGCAAGGAAGGAGACUGAGAGGGAGAAGCUGGAGUGGGAAUCCCAAUUUUUGAGGGAUUACCCUGGCCAUUGGCAGGGUGUAGAUUGA